ACUUCAAACUAGCACUUCCGGUUCAGAGGCUGAAUGUGCUGCUGCUAAGUGGCUGUAGUUGAACCAUGAACGGGCGUUGUUGUAUCUGCGUCUGCCAUUUUGAUUAGAAGUAUUUUGCGCGCAAUAGAUGGUGUGAACUGACUGUUCAGGGGGACAUCGUGGUAUUUUAAGUCGAGGCUACAUUACUGCAGGAAAAAUGCUUUCAGCAGCCCAGCUACUCGAUGAGUUAAUGGGCCGAGACAGAAACUUGGCCCCUGACGAGAAACGAUCUAACGUGCGAUGGGACGACGAGAGCGUAUGUCGAUACUAUCUGUGUGGUUUCUGCCCAGCUGAGCUGUUCACAAACACCCGCUCUGACUUGGGCCCUUGUGAGAAAAUCCAUGAUGAAAAUCUUCGGACACUGUAUGAGAAAAGCUCUCGAUUCAUGAAGGAGGGCUACGAGCGAGACUUCCUGCGCUACCUGCAGUCUCUCCUGGCAGAGGUUGAACGGCGGAUUCGUAGGGGGCAUGCUCGCCUCGCGCUUUCCCAGGCUCAGCAGAAUGCAGGGGGUCCUGGUCCAUCAGGAAAGAAUGAGGAGAAAGUUCAGGUUCUAACGGAGAAGAUUGAAGACCUGGUUGUUCAGAUUGAGGAGCUGGGGUCAGAGGGCCGUGUGGAGGAGGCCCAGGGAAUGAUGAAGCUGGUGGAGCAGUUGAAGGAGGAGAGGGAGCUGCUCAGCUCCACCCCCUCGACCAUCGAAAGCUUUGCCGCCCAGGAGAAACAGAUGGAGGUGUGUGAGGUGUGCGGGGCCUUCCUCAUCGUUGGUGAUGCACAGUCUCGAGUGGAUGACCACUUGAUGGGCAAGCAGCACAUGGGCUAUGCCAAGAUCAAAUCCACUGUAGAGGAACUGAAGGAGAAAUUACGUCGGCGUUCAGAAGACCCCCAAGGUGAAAACCCGGCACUCAGGAGGGACAGAGAAGACCGUGAACGGGAGAGAGAGGAACGGGAGAAAAAGCGUAAAGAAGAGGAAGAGAAGGAGAAGGAACGGGAGAAAGAACGAGAGAAGGAGAGGGAACGAGAGCGGGAGAGAGAACGUGAGAGGGAGAGAGACAGAGAACGGGAUCGAGACCGAGACAGAGACCGCGACAGGGAGAGGGAUAGGGACAGGGACAGGAGGGCACGCCGAAGCCACUCCAACAGCCGCCACUCCAGUCGGACAUCAGACAGGAAACGGAGCAGGUCCCGUGAUCGCCGGAGGUCCAGGAGCAGAGACAAGGACAGAGAGAGGGAACGCAAACGCAGCAGGAGCCGGGACAGGGAAAGGGACAGAGACAGAGACAGGGACAGGAGGCGCAGCCGUGAACGCUCGGACAGGAAGCGUCGCUCCCGCAGUCGUGACAGGAGGAGGUCGCGCAGCUCCGAGCGCAAAUCUCACCGCCACCGCAGUCGCAGCAGGGACAGGGACACGCACAGAGACAAGGACCGGGACAAGGACAGGGACAGAGAGCGGUCAUCGAAAGACAAAGACCGUAAGACGACAGAAGAGAGGAGCAGCUCUAAAAAAGACAAGCACUCUGACGGCGAUGCAGCUUCCAUCAAGGCUUCGUCAGAAGCGGAACCGAUGGAGACAGAGGCUCCUCCUGCCUCUGCCUCCUCCCCUCUGCUUAACGGCCAGCAAGAGCUCCUCCAUUCUGAAGGUGACACUCAGUCCAAUUAAAACUGAUCUGAUAGGACCUCAGAUCAGGCUCAGUGCAUCGUAAGUAUGCACUGAAGAUGAAGGCCUAGGCCCGAUGAAUGAGAAGAAAGUAGAAAACAUUCACACAAAGCCAAGAGGGAAAGGCCAGUGUAGCCCUGAGCAAACAUUCCCGGAGGUACCCCUUGUUUUGUAUCGGUUCAUGAUAUAAUAGUAUAUUUGUCUUUGUGGACACAAUGGCAGAAGAAAUAUUAACCAGUCCAAUCAAUUUUUUUCCUGCCUGUAUUUACCUGUUUUUAUUUAUUGUUUUUUAUUAUUAUUAUUAUUUAUUUUAUUCUGAAUUAGGAAAAUGUAAUAAUUUGAUUUGCUGAGUUAUUACAUUCCAUUUAAAGAGAAAAUUCCGGCACUGUGUGUCUACAUGUUUGUAUAACCAUCAGUAAGGAUUUCUCCUGCUCACAUGUAAAUAUACAGACAUACUUUAAGCUAGAGUCAAAGGUGUAUGUGAAGGAAAGAAAAACAAUCCAUUUAUUUGAAUCAUAACUCAAAUGCCAUGGAUUUGUUGUCCAGCUUACUGUGCCUGAUAAUGCCAUGCAGUGUGUGUUUGGGGGGUGUUAUAGCACCGGGGGCCUUACGUAACUAACUAACUGGAGGGUAGGGUUUAUCGAAUGAAUUGCAGCUGACUUCCCAUACCUCACACAGCGUUGGUGUUGUGAGCGAGACCACAUGAGAAAAGGGCAAAUUAAAAAUCAUGGAUACUCUCUGACUGUCAAACUGUGCAGGUACUCACCCCAGGUACUCCUUUCUCUACCCACAUCCAUUUCUGAAUGCUGUUGCCUGUCAGAAAAACAAUUCUGUACUUCUCCAGAACAUGAACUUGAAAGCUUGACUGUGUAUAUAUAUAUUUUUUAUUGUGUUUGUUUCUUUAUUUAUUUUGAUAUUCUUGGUUAACUUUCAGAUAUAUUUUGGGAAAAGGUCAUUCUAUAGAAAUGUCAGAGACACACCUUUUUCUUUCCAUGCUCAGAUUCACAAACAGCCUGUUUGAUAUACCUCUGCCAAAGGCAACAGUGUGCUAUUCAGGAUUAAUGUUACAAGAUCAUUUUAAUGUCACUUGUUCAAAUAAACGGUUUGAAAUAUGUCAAGUGCACAUUUUGCCCUUGAUCUAAGGAAUGUCAAACAGGUCACUGUUUUUUGGUUUAUUUUUAAGGUCUAAGUGACCAAACUUUGUGGUAACUUUUAAAAAAUAAAAGUAAAAACUUCUGAUCUGAGCAAUACAGUUAAAACAAACUGACAAAAAUGUACUAAACAUCAGAAUAUUCCGAUCCAAUUAUGCAUUAGUAUACAGAUAAUAUUUGUGCAAUAUUAACAGUGUCUCUUGACUAUGAUCUUCACUUUCCUCUGUGGUUAAGGUGAGGGAUGUAUUCGACCAGUGGUCAUUCUGUAGACAGUAUUGUUGCUCCAGUAGCAGCAGUUGUUGCUACAAGCACUUAUGGUGGGACCUUUGCUAACACUGCAUUUUGUGAACAUUUCUGCUCAACAGGGGAGGCUGGGAUAUCUGGUGGAGGAAGACGAGGAAGAGCGCACCCAUCCUUAACCUGAACCUGACACUUCGCUGCUU